AUGUUAGAAAACUUGCCAAUAUAUAAAACGCAAGCCAAAUACUUUGUGGAUUUUGUUGAACAAAAUGGAAUCAAAAUGGUAUGUUUUGAUUUCGACAAUACAAUCAUCGACCAACAUACCAGUGGCUCUAUACCUAGGGAUAUUGUCACGUCUGUUAAAAAUUACAUAACGGAAGACUUUCGUCUGGUUGCCAAAGAACUCAUAUCACGAGGCAUUAAGAUUGCUGUGGUUACAUUUUCAGACGUAAAAUUUGCUAAAGAUCUGAAUAAAACCGUUGGGGGAGAAUUGCUUGUAAAAGAGGUUUUAGCUGAUAUAUGUCCGGAUAUUCUGAUAUACGCUAGAUAUCCAAGAUACUACCAAAAACCAUCUGAAUAUGAAAAAAUUGGUCUGAAAGAACCCAUGCACAUUAGCAAGAAUUAUCAUCUACAACAAGCGGCAAAUGACUCUGGGUUUGCUUUGUCUGAGAUCAUUCUAAUAGAUGAUGACAUAAACAACUGUGAACACGCACAUAAGUUGGGCGUGUUGGCAUUUCAUGUGUUCGGAGAUAUGGGCUUCAAACUAAGCAACAUAAAAUCAAUUCAAUCAGCAAGGUUGGCUUGA